AUGAAGCUUCCGGUGCCCAAGCUACCAGGCUACGGCCGAGGAACGUCAACUACACCUGGAUCGUCCAAACAGAGAACGAUCCAAGCUCCAGCAACCCUUUCCAAGAGUCCCGUAAACAGUCAGAAGCCCGCCACCGGACAUUCUCAACGCCUUGUGUCUAGUCCCACUCCUACGGCCAAAGGACCAACCCCGAAUAGUCGUGGAUAUGGUCGAGGGGGUUUUCGAGGAAGGGGACGUGGGAACUGCAACAUUGGACGUGGUAAUUCUAGCGCCGCAGCAUCUCGUAAUAUCAACAAUCUCUUCAAAGAUUCUCCUGCGAAGGCCGAGUGGAGGGCUGGCCAGGAAGCUAACGGAUUUAUCAAGCUGCCGACUUCCUGGGGAUCAUUCAAAUAUGACUUUUUUGCUGCAGCAAAGAGUACACUCAUUGCAAGAAAGACCGCUGCCCCUACUGGACGAUACGAGGUUUUCGAGGAUAUUGCCCAAAAAACAGGUGCCUUUGUGAACCCACCAUCGUCGUAUACCCAGCAGGCACUCUACAUAUGGGGAGAUCCGGCUCAGGUGGCGUCCGCAAAAGAAAUACUGUAUAAGCUCGUUGGGCAAUGCAAGAACGUCUGGUCCACCAAGAAGAACAAAAUUGAAUGGACCAAGAUUUACGCUCAUUCUAAUAUGAAAGAGGCAGAUAUGGACUUGAAGGAGAGACGGGAAACGAUACUCAAGCAGCUAAGAAAAGUCCCGGAUUUGCCAUCGGCUUUCCCUGAGCAGUUGCUCUUUCUGUGGCCAAAAGACGGACCGCCUCUCAAUGAAUGUCUUGGAUCGCAUCUCGAAGCUCUUGAUGUUAUUCGGGCAAAGUUUGGCUGUCACUUGUUCAUCCCGAAAGAGCUCCCCGAUUGCGUUUGUGCCCUUGGCCAGAGCCAUGAUGUUAUGAGACAGAUCGCCCAUCGGCUCCGCACCAAAUGGAGCGAGAUAAUAGCGAGCAGCAACAUCAAAUCCAGAAUUCUGCUCGUUGAACCUCCUGGACCGAGUUCCAUGGGGAGACAGAUCGUGGUUCAGAAUAACAAUCAGUUUGCCAAAGCUUUCUUGCAUGGCGAUAGCAAAAAGGGGAUGGGUUUGGAUCAAUGGGCUGACCGGGCUGCUUUAAUAAAAUCGAAGAAUAACGACCGCAUUCUCAGUGCCAUCGAAAAGUCUCUACGUGGCGUUGCGUUUGUUCGUGGACAUCUUCGCAUGCGCGUCAAUAUCGGUUCGUUUGUGCUGGAUGAAUAUCGCCGCCCAAAGGACGACAAGCCGUCGUACGCGUUCGAAGAGUUCAGGGAGAUGUUGAUGCAUGAGCAGACAAAAGGCCGUUUGGUACCCGGGCUGAGGACUAAUCAAGAUGAGCUCCUCGCAAGUUGCUUCCAAGCCACUGCUCUCCUCGAGUCAUACGAAAGCGAAACUCGCGCGCUGGAACGUGCGGAUCCUGCGUUUUCCGUAAACUUCGAAUUCCUGGGAUCCAACAAUGACCUCCUCCGCUUGGAGGCGGAAUUUGCUAGAUGCCCUGGCGCGCAAGAAUAUGAGGUAACCCAACGACGAUGGCUCAGACCUCGCAGCGGUGGCCAAACAAUCGAUAAGCGAUCGCCUCUCCAGAUUGCUGUUGUCGACUUUGAACGGUCCGACUGGCAACUAGAGAUUAAAAGCCUGGAUUUUCAAGAAGCAUCCUUAAUCGACUCAGCGUUGAGAUCCUUUUCUCACUCUAUCAAUUUUCGGCGUACUGAGAACAUGAACGACAUUUCGGCGCCGCCACAGAGGAAGGUUAUAUUUCCCGCAACAGCUCCGGUGUCGAGAUUCGUGGAGAAAACAGCGAUUCGUUACCGACUGAUGGGAACGAAGUAUACGUUUGAGAUCGCGAGAUACGAUGAGUACAGUCGCACUCUCAUUCCUGCAUUCCCGGGACAGGAUCCACCAACUAUCGUUGGUUCAAUUUCGGAAAAGCCAUCUACCUCCUGGGGCGCGUCCGUAUUCGACCCCAAUUGGGACAAUCUGCUAGGACAGCACGCGAACCUGCCUGUCGGUCAUUCGGCUCGGUACAGUCCCAAUUUGGACACCUUCUUCCCACCCUACUUCCCACCCCAAGAGCAGUCGGGGUCAGGAGAAAAGCAUACUGGUUUCUGGAACUUCGUCAGCUUGGUGCAGCAGGCCGCUGAGCUUCUUAGUCCGGCACGGCCCUUGUCGCCGGUGGUGCCCAAGGCGGGCGCCAGUAAGCCUAGCCCUAAAAGCCAGGCAAGCUCAGGUGACAAGAAAGACGAGACUACUUCAAACAAUUCUUCGCCCAAUAUUGACGCAAAAGGUCUUACUGGAAUGAUUAAUGCCGAUCUUGGUACUCUGUUCUGA